CCUUGGCAUGUUUCGCAGAUGCGUAGCCUCGCAGGUGCAGCGCUUGCUAUUCGGUCUCCGGCUAAGUCCAUCGAUACCGCCGGUGAGCUCUGGAGUCUUCGGAGUUUCCCAAGCUCUUGCCAACUUUCACUCCGCUCCUCCAAUGGCCUGCGAUAUCCUGAGCAGCGAUCUGAAUAGGACAGGUCCGGCUACUGGGGUCAGACAGGUUCGACAGCAGGUAUCCCUUGUGGUGCCAAAUCGCAGCAUCCGGAUCAGAACAUCUAGUUGGCCCAGGGAAGUCUGCCAGCAAAAUAUAAUGGGUCGAGUCUACCACCAGGACACGGUCAAAGGAAAAAUGGAUACAUCAGUGCCGGAUAGCAGCAAACGACUCCUGCAACAUAAAACCAGACAAAGCUUGCUGGAGUUGGUGGAAGAUCACGUCAUCAAGCCUGGCAUUUUCGAAGCAAAGCAAGUUCGAAACCAAAUUAGGGUGAAGCUAAGAAGGAAAUCGCCCCAUCGAACAAGAAGGAAGCAAGCACCGAAAGACGUUCCAUCAAGUUCCGAUUCUGAGGAAGUUGAGUCCCUGCACAGCCAGAAACCGAGGAAUCCAAUCAACCAUUGGGUCGCCAUUAUCUUGGAAAAGUCUAAAAGGGUAAGAGCAGAGUUGCUGGAGGGUAAAAACGCAGACUUGGAAAGGGUAAAGUCGCCAGAAGAUGAGGCAAAAAUAUUGCACUACAAGAACCACUAUAUGACACAAAUUCAGAAAAAGACAAGCGGUAUAAGAACAAGGACGAUUACUGAUAAACAGGACCAAAACACACCCAAAGCAACACUAAGUCAUACACAAUGCUCCAAAGAUCCAAAGUCAAUGGUUGAACUAAACGAGAUUAUCGGAUCAAAAAAGGAAGUACUAAUCCCUUUAACCUUUAGCAAGGAUGAGGGGGCAAUAGAAGUUUUAGAUAAGAUUCCUCCAACGCGAUCAAUUACUUCGCCUCCUCCCCCAAAAGCUCCACUAAGACAAAACCAAUGUUCGGAAUACUCAAUGCUAAGGGCAGGACCAAGAUAUGCAAAGUUUGGAGAGGCUGCGAAGGAAUAUCCACAGCCUCGUGUAUCAUUGGAUAACUUUCGAGCCCGUGAGAAGAGUCUGUUGAGUUGUAUCAAAAGGGAAACCAUUAGUCGCUGGCGAGCGCAUAGACUGGUACGACCCUUUGAACCCAUGCCUUAUCAGUUCACCAGGCGCAGCCAAAAUGUUAAGAAGGAAAUGGGCCAACCAGAAAUAUUAAACCUAGUAAGCGACGAUCAACUUAACAGCAAGGCGAUUCAUGGGGAAGUUAAGAGCAUUCUAAUGCCAAGUCUUAACUCUCCCAAUUGGAAAUCUGACAUGAAGAUUAUUUAUUCGAAAAAUACUUUACAAGACAACCACGCGGCGAUCUUCAACCAGUUGAAAAAUGACAUCCACAGACGCCUUUGGGAACUCUCUGAUGAAGAAUCGUUCAAGAAAGAUUGGGUUACAAGGUUAAAUGAUAAAGAUGAGUGGCAAUUUCGGGUAGCCGAAAUGAUAUCCAAGUGCUUCUUUUUGGUUCAUAACAAAAUGAUGAAUGAACCCGGAAGCGGGAAAGCCUACCAGGAAAAAGACAAAAAUGUAGGUGAAAUCGCUGAAGAGUUCUUUAGGAACUACAUCCAGGUUCAUCCAGAUAAGAAUCAGGAAAUUUGCGAGUCAAGUUGUAAAAACGAAUCAGGAGGGAAAUCUGGAGGAACUGGGCAAAUCGAUCAAAGUAAUUGUCCAGAAAGGGUAAAGAAAAGUAAAGAUCCAAGGCGAAAGACCAAUGAUGGAAUGUUCAGGAGCAGACUUAGUAAUUUGAAUAAUAAACUAUGCUCAAUCGCGAAGCAAAUCAACGAUAUUGCGAUUCAGUGCCAGCAUAUCAAAAGCGAAAUUGAAAAGAAAACUGACAAAGAAAAGCCUAAACAAGAAUGCGCUAAAAAUGACAUUGAAAGGGAAUUCAGAGAUGAGGAACAAAAGGAGCCUAUCAAGGGUACUAACGAUAAUGGUAAAUUGAAUUCAAAUAAAGGUCCAGCGAAGAAAUGUGCAGAACAAAUACAAAAUAUAAAUGAUCUUAAAGGGAGAUGCGUAAAAGAAGAAUUUAGAAGAAAAUGUGCGAUACUUGAGCUUACAGAACUGAUUCAGCGGACGAAAUGUUCACAAAUAAAGUUAAAGAGGAAACUGGAAGAAAUGGCCCUGAAGAAGAAACGAGCUGAAAAAAUGAAAUGUGAAAAAAUUGACCUAAUGAAGAAAUUUGAAGAAUUUGGCCUAGGAAAGAAACGCGCUGAAAAAGAUGAGAAAGAUAUACACAAAGGUGCAAAAAUUGACCUAAGUAAGAAAUGUGAAGAAAUGGAUCUAAAGAAGAAAUAUGCAGAAAAUGAUGUACACAAAGAGUAUGCGGAGAACGAUAAGAGAACAAAAAAGAAACGUGCAGAAAUGGAGCUUUGGAAGAAAUGUGCUGAGAAGAAUGAGAAAGAGAAUAAGGAAUGUGAAGAAAUUCUCCUAAAGGAGAAAUGUAAAGAAAUUGAUCUAAAGAAGAAAUGUAAAGAAAGUGCCCUAACGAAGAAAUGGGAAGAAGUGGACCUAAGAAGGAAAUUCUCUGAGGAUGAGAAAGAGAAAAUGGAAUGUGCAGAAAUGGACCUAAGGGAGAAAUGUGAAGAAAUUGCCCUGAAGGAGAAAUGUGAAGAAAUUGCCUUAAAAGAGAAAUGUGAAGAAGUGGACCUAAAAAGGAAAUGCUCUGAGAAGGAUGAGAAAGGGAAAAAGGAAUGUGCAAAAAUGGACCUAAGGGAGAAAUGUGAAGAAAUGGCCCUUAGAAGGAAAUGUGAAGAAAUGGAUCUAAACACUAAAGGUGCUGAAAAUGAUAAGAAACCCAGUGAGAAAUUUAAAACCGAUGAUAAAAACGAACUAAAUAACUGCGAAUAUGAAGGCUUAAUGAAGAAACUGUUGCAGCUGUUAAACGAAAUAUGUGAGGAAGAUGACCCGAAGACAAAGUCCGCUGACGAAAAUAAAGAAAAUGGCGGGACUAUGAAAGAAGAGACAGACAAGUGCGUGGCUGUAGAAUUGUCAAGAAAAUUUAAAUUUCUCGACCUGAAGAAUUGGAAUGGGACGGCUGAUAGGCAGAAGACAUGUGCCGAGGAGAAACUCAGAAGGCUGGAAAGCAAAAAGGGUCUGGGCCAGUGUGUAGGAGAAGAACAUAGUAUGUCGGAUUGGGCGGAAAGCCUCAGCGAACUCAGAAAGGAAUCGGGAAUAGGGAAUAUGGACGAGAACAGGGUGUUCCCCGGCUUUAAAGGCAUCUUCCGCCUACCUACCUUCGCGAACGGAUGUUCUCAGGAUGAUUUCUGUGAUCCCAUCACUUCAGUUUGCCCGAAACUGAAGAGACGGGAUGACAGAGAGCGAUCCUUUGGCCAUCGACAGUCGCUUGUAUGUACAGGAAGUUCAUUUACACAUAGACUCCACCCAGAACGAUUCUCACGGCUGCAGAGCAGCUUUCUUCAGCAGCAGCGGUACCCCGACCUGACUCCAUUAACAACCAACGGGUUGCGGGUACGGCUGCGAAAAAUACUGCCUUUCAAUCUGCCUUUCUUGGGACGGAACUUCAACGAAGACGAUAUCCUCUUUUAGUAGCAGCCAGACAGCUCAAACGUGCGACGAUAUUCGGAUGAGGCGCAAUUGUGAUAUAAGACCAUUUACAAUUCAUGAUCUAAAUUAAUAUUUUAAGAAUAAACCAAUAAACAAGUUAAAGGAAUGGCUUUUAAUAUUUA